UAAAUUACUAAUUAUAUUCAUAAGCUGUCACAUUCGGUUUAUGGAGAAUAGUUUUUUUUUUUUUUUAAUUACGAGGAGAGGCUAAUAAAUUUCUCACUAAUAAAAGGAUUUUUUUAAAAAAAGAAAAAAAAAAAGGAAAAAAGAUGGCCUGCGACGGAUGGAUUGGAAGACGAUAAAACACCCAAACUAUGGACAUGACUCGGGUGAGCAACAAGCAAGAGAGAAGAGAGCCUUUACGUUAAAGACACUUGCCUUUCAAGAAACAUACACCUGUAGGUCAAAAUUCCUCACUCCUCACCAGGUACCCACACGUAUCCUAGACCCUCUGUUCUUUUUUAACAGAUCAAUCUUUUCUCCGGAGGCCUCUACUGUCUUCUGAAUGUGUACGUUGUCCAAUUCUUGAGUCGAGAUCAUCAUGGCACCAGGGAGGGUUCAAAGAGACUUGAUAGGUCCUCUUUUAGCAGCGAACUUCAUCGUUUAUCUUAUAGUUCUUGGACUGGCUGGUUGGUCUCUCGACAAAUACAUCAAUGGCGAACAGGAUCACCCACAUUUGGGUGGGAAUCCAUCGACAAGCUUCAUGUUGGUGUUUGCGUUGAUAGGUAGUGUAAUCGGUGCUACCUCAGUGAUAGUUGGGAUUAUUCACUUUCGUGCUUGGAGAAGUGAUAGUUUGGCCUGUGCCAGUUCUUUAGCAACUAUUUCCUGGGCUAUUACUGCUCUAGCAUUUGGAUUUGCAUGCAAGGAGAUCAUCUUAGGAGGGCAUAGAGGAAAACGCUUGGAUACGAGUGAUCUUUUGCAGCAAACACUGGAAGCACUGAUCGUAAUAUCACUCCUUAGUCAGUUGCUGUGUCUGCUGCUGCUCCAUGCUGGGAUGUUCAAGAGAAGAUAUGGACCUGGUUUCCGCAGCUAUGAAGGCGACCAUGGCCGUGGCCUUGCCAUGGGCAACGAACCCCAGAAGAGUAGCCCUCCUGGGGCUAUUUGAAUCUGAUUACAAACUUCUCCUGCACAGUUUGUGCUUGCGGUACUCAUGCUGGUGCGUGCUUCAGGUUUAUUGUAGGUUUCGUUUGCCAGUAUAUAAGAAAGGGUCGGUUUCGACCACCCAUCUCGCUUACUGUAGUUAUGUUAUAACUGGAAGCUCCACAAGAAUAUGAACACCAAUCAGUAGACAGCAAGGUUCAUACUUCAAACAAAGGGUAUCACUAGAAAAACGAAGAGAAAUUGUUUUCCGUAUAGUAAUGUUGUUACAAGUUUAUCUCAACUGUCUAGUUGUACAAAAUCAGACAUUAACAAAAGGUAAGGUAAUAAAAAUAUUUUAUAAUUAUUUUGAUCCA